AUGUCAGAGACUUCCUCCCAUGACUCCUUCUAUGAUUCCCUGUCAGAAAUGCAGGAUGAAGGCAAGGAUGCUGACUUCUUCCCUGAGCUAUCUGCUUUUCUCAGCCAGGAAGAGAUAAACAAGAGCCUUGACCUAGCCCGGAGUGCUAUAGCCAACUCUGAAACUGAAGAUUUUGACUCAGAAAAGGAGAUUUCACAAAUUUUCAACACCUCUCCUGUAGGCCUCUGCGAAAAUCCUUCUCAUAAGGAGACCAAACUGGGUGAGCAAACCUCCUCAGCAAGACCUCAGGAAAACAGGCCAUCACCUGUCCAGCCUUUAGCAGAAGCACAAACUGAUUGUAUCACUUCACCUGUUUCAAAGAGGAAACCAGCACAAUCACCCUUGCUUGCCAGGCCCAGUUAUAUACGUAGCCUCCGAAAGGCUGAAAAAUAUGGUGGGAAAACUCCAAACACAAGUAAAAAACCCAACCAGGCUUGUCAAGGUGAGGUUGGCCCCCAGAGCCAGCUGUGUGACAAGGCAGUUAAUUUCAUUGAGGAACUGACAUCCAUAUUUAGAGAAGCUGCAAAGCCAAGAAACAGAAGCCCAAAUGGGGAGUCCUCAUCACCAGAUAGUGGAUACUUGUCUCCUAAAAACCAACCAUCAGCCCUGAGAGGUGCCUCAGCCAGUCAUAGCCCCACAGAAGAGCAGCAGGAGAUGGAAACAGAGGUUAAAUUGCCUGAAGAUAGGCACUGCUACCCUGCCAACCAGGACGAGGCAAUGCCACACAAUAACAUCUCUCACCUGCAAUCCCAGAAUCCUCUGGACUUCCCAUCUGCACCUCGAUUCAUACAAAAACUAAGGAGUCAAGAAGUAGAAGAAGGAAGUAAAGUUUAUUUGGAGUGUCGAGUCACUGGAAACCCAACUCCUCGAGUCAGAUGGUUCUCUGAGGGAAAAGAGCUACACAACACUCCUGAUAUUCAAAUCAACUGUGAGGGUGGGGAUCUCCAUACUUUGAUCAUAGCAGAGGCCUUUGAGGACGACACAGGCCGCUACACUUGUCUGGCUACGAACCCCAGCGGCUCAGACACAACGUCUGCCGAGGUGUUUAUUGAAGGUGCCAGUUCGUCAGAUUCUGACAGUGAAAGUUUAACUUUCAAAUCAAAACCUGGAGCUAUGCCACAGGCUCAAAAGAAAACAACUUCUGUUUCCUUAACUAUUGGAUCAUCAUCUCCAAAGACAGGAGUGACCACAGCUGUGAUUCAGCCCUUAUCUGUUCCUGUUCAGCAGGUUCACAGCCCAACUUCAUAUCUCUGCCGACCUGAUGAAACCACUCCUGCCUGCCUCCCUCCAGUUUUUACAAAGGAACUGCAAAACACAGCAGCAUCAGAAGGCCAGGUGGUGGUUUUGGAGUGCCGGGUACGAGGAGCACUUCCUUUACAGGUCAAAUGGUACCGGCAAGGCAGUGAAAUCCAAGACUCUCCAGAUUUCCGGAUUCUACAGAAAAAACCUAGAUCUACUGCUGAACCUGAGGAGAUCUGUACCCUAGUGAUUGCUGAGACUUUCCCCGAAGAUGCAGGGAUCUUCACAUGCUGUGCUAGAAAUGAUUACGGAUCAGUAACCAGCACUGCCCAGCUGGUUGUCACUUCAGCCAAUACUGAAAAUUGUAGCUAUGAUUCAAUGGGAGAAUCCAACAAUGAUCACUUCCAGCACUUCCCACCUCCCCCUCCAAUCUUGGAGACGAGUUCCUUUGAGCUGGCUUCAAAGAAACCAUCUGACAUCCAGCAGGUGAACAGCCCUGAGUUAGGACGUAGCAUGGCAGCCCUUCAAAUGCAAUUCAAUUCUGCUGAGAGGGAAACUAAUGGAGUCCAUCCCAGCCAUGGAGUAAAUGGACUGAUUAAUGGCAAAGCUAGCAGUAAUAAAUCUCUUCCAACACCAGCUGUCCUACUUUCACCCACGAAGGAGCCACCACCUCUGCUUGCCAAACCAAAACUGGACCCUCUGAAAAUCCAACAACUCCAGAACCAAAUCCGCCUGGAACAGGAAGCCAGCGCUCCACGCAGCGCGCCGCCCUCACCACCCUUCCCGCCGCCGCCUGCCUUCCCAGAGCUUGCGGCCUGCGAGUCGCCCGCGUCCCCAGAGCCCAUGAGCGCACUCGCCUCCCGCUCCGCCCCCGCCAUGCAGUCCUCCGGCUCCUUCAAUUACGCGCGUCCCAAGCAGUUCAUCGCUGCCCAGAACUUGGGCCCCGCGUCUGGCCAAGGCACGCCGGCCUCCAGCCCCAGCUCCUCCAGCCUUCCGUCACCCAUGUCCCCGACGCUGAAGCAGUUUGGCCGCGCGCCUGUGCCACCCUUCGCGCAACCCUUCAGCGCCGAGUCCGAGGCUCCAUGGGGUCGGUCCACUCCUUCGCCCCCGCCGCCUCCGCCACCGCCCCCAGUCUUCAGCCCCACGACCACCUACCCCGUGCCCGACGCGUUCCCUCUGCCAUCACCGCCGCCGCCGCUCACGAGCCCGGGCUCCCACUGCCCCUCGCCGGUAGCCCGCUAUGGCCACGGCCACAGCCAGACGCCCGCGGGCUUCCUCAGUACCCUGCUGCCUUCACAACCGCUGCCACCGCCGCCAGUGGCCGUCAACGCCCUGGGGCUGCCCAAGGGUGUCACCCCCGCGGGAUUUCCAAAGAAAGCAGGUCGAACUGCUAGAAUAGCCUCUGAUGAAGAGAUCCAAGGCACAAAGGAUGCUGUCAUUCAAGACCUGGAACGGAAACUUCGCUUCAAGGAGGACCUACUGAACAAUGGCCAGCCGCGGUUAACAUAUGAAGAAAGAAUGGCUCGUCGACUGCUAGGUGCUGACAGUGCCACUGUCUUUAAUAUUCAGGAGCCAGAAGAGGAACCAGCCAAUCAGGAGUACAAAGUCUCCAGCUGUGAACAGAGACUCAUCAGUGAGAUAGAGUACAGGCUAGAAAGGUCUCCUGUGGAUGAAUCAGGUGAUGAUGUUCACUAUGGAGAUGUGCCUGUGGAAAAUGGAAUGGCUCCAUUCUUUGAGGUGAAGCUGAAGCAUUACAAGAUCUUUGAGGGAAUGCCCGUCACUUUCACAUGCAGAGUGGCUGGCAAUCCAAAGCCAAAGAUCUACUGGUUUAAAGAUGGAAAGCAGAUCUCCCCAAAGAGUGAUCACUACACCAUUCAGAGAGACCUUGAGGGAACCUGCUCUCUCCAUACCACAGCGUCCACCUUAGACGAUGAUGGGAAUUACACCAUUAUGGCUGCAAAUCCUCAGGGCCGAGUCAGUUGUACUGGACGGUUAAUGGUACAGGCUGUCAACCAAAGAGGUCGCAGUCCCCGCUCUCCCUCAGGCCAUCCUCAUAUCAGAAGACCUCGUUCAAGAUCCAGAGAUAGUGGAGACGAAAAUGAACCAAUUCAGGAGCGAUUCUUCAGACCUCACUUUGUGCAGGCUCCUGGAGAUCUGACUGUUCAAGAAGGAAAACUUUGCAGAAUGGAUUGCAAAGUCAGUGGGUUACCAACCCCAGAUCUAAGCUGGCAGCUAGAUGGAAAGCCCAUACGCCCGGACAGUGCUCACAAGAUGCUUGUACGUGAGAAUGGGGUGCACUCUUUGAUCAUAGAGCCAGUCACAUCACGAGAUGCCGGCAUCUACACCUGCAUAGCCACCAAUCGAGCAGGAGAGAACUCGUUCAGCCUGGAGCUUGUGGUUGCUGCUAAAGAAGCACACAAACCCCCUGUGUUCAUUGAGAAGCUGCAAAACACAGGAGUUGCUGACGGGUACCCAGUGCGACUGGAAUGCCGUGUUUCAGGAAUGCCACCGCCUCAGAUAUUCUGGAAGAAAGAAAACGAGUCACUCACUCACAGCACUGACAGAGUGAGCAUGCAUCAGGAUAAUCAUGGUUACAUCUGCCUGCUCAUUCAGGGAGCCACAAAAGAAGACGCUGGGUGGUAUACUGUGUCAGCCAAGAAUGAAGCCGGGAUUGUGUCCUGUACUGCCAGACUGGAUGUUUACACCCAAUGGCAUCAGCAGCCACAGAGCACCAAGCCAAAAAAAGUCCGGCCCUCCGCCAGUCGUUAUGCAGCACUUUCUGACCAGGGACUAGACAUCAAAGCAGCGUUCCAGCCCGAUGCCAACCCAUCGCAGCUGACAUUGAAUAGUGGCUUGGUGGAGAGUGAGGACCUGUAA